ACUAGAGGGAAGCACUGUACUGUUACAACGCCAUAUUGAGCGAAUGGUCCCUCUGAUGCUAGGGAUGUCUUGUGUAUGCUGUGAGUGUUUCGAUAAUUUCAGUUAAUUGUGUUUUAUAAAUAAAGUCGCCGUAGGUGGACGUUAUUUAUAAAGAAUUUGAAAAUAUAAUGAGUUGUUCGGAUACAAAGAAAUCGAAGAAAAGGAAAAAUUGUAAAAGUGGAAACAUGGGUGACGUUCUUGGUAAAGAAUGCGGGGAUAGCGAAAAUGACGAACUUCAAGUAGAAUCAUGUGAAGAAAGUGUUAGAGAAGAAGCUGACGGAGCCCCUAGUGUUGAUGAACAAUGCCCCCAAGACAGUAGUGAAGAAGGAAGUGGAGACACAAAAAUAAUAGUAGAAAGCAAGGAUGGAGUUAGCCAAAAGAAAUUGGAAGUUCCAGUUGUUCCUGUGAAAGAAGAAAAGCCAUGUAAUUGUGAUGCAUGCAAAGAUCGACGGGAACUGGCUGCAGAGCAGAUGGAAGAAAUGCGUCGCUUGCAAUCUUAUUGGCUGGAACUUCGGCAGUAUAUUAGAAUGGUGUAUAGAAUGGCAAUGGAAGGGAGUGAAGUUGAUGCAACAGAAGAAAAUAUAGUGAAGAUGAAGGAAUUGGUGCAAAAGUUAUGUGUCAGAGAUCCUCAUCAGCUCUUUCAACGGUUGGAAUCUCAAGUUCAAGAGUUUGUUAUUGAAGCUAAAGUUAGACAAUUGGAGCUUCUUCAUAGAGAGGAACAAACUCCAGAAGUUGCCCAGAUUUUUCUGAGAGGUCUGUUGGAGGGUUUCGAGAAAUUAUGUCGUGGAGCUAAACAGUUGACACCUCUUCUACAACAGUUGGAAGCUGAGCAUUUACAAAGGUUUAAUUUGACAUGGGAAGUUUUAAAUAAACAUCUGUAUCAAAGUUGUGUUUAUACAGAUCCUUUGGUGCAGAAUAAUUUGCCACUUUACAUUGGAAAGCUUCGUAGUGUCUUGCCAGGAGAAAGUGAUGUUUAUACAGAAUUAGUACAUAGAUAUCUAGUAUUUGACGAUGAAAUGACACUAAUUGGUGCUAUGUGGAGAGAUACAGAAACUCUUAUACAUGAAUACAACCAAGAACAAGCAACAUUAAAAGCAAAGCAGCGCAUGCUUCGGGAAGACUGGGAGUUUUUCAAAGCUCAACGGAAACUCAUUCAUCAAAAAAUGUGGAGCAAAACUACAAGGCACAGGGAUACGUCUGACGCAACAGCUGCUUAUGAUGCCGGAAUAAAGAGAGCCAUUGCUUGCAGCGAACUGCGUGAAUUUGACGAGCAGCUGCUGAGCCUGGCCGCUCUGGCUGGCAGCCCCGAGAGCCCCCCGGAUGGCCAAGCUCCUGAGGAGGGCUGUUCUGCUUCUGCCGUCCAUGCAGCUGCAGUCUCAACAGCAUUGGGCCCGUCAUGUAGUGCUGGUUUGAAUGUGGGACCGAGUUUCUGCUUGGGCUGCAGUACACGUCGUAGUUGUCCAUGUGAUGAUUGUGCUAUGUCACAUUUGCUCACAUGUGGUGCUCUCAUCACUCCAGCAUGUGAUGGAUCAGUUAGUGCCCUUCAGAACUCUUCCUUGUAUGGUCACAAAACAGAUAGUACCCAAGAAUUUCGUGCUGACGGAGAAGGCAGUGAACAACCUCCAGAAUCUCCCACAGAACCUGGCAACACUGGUGACACUAAUGAUAGUAUUGAAGGUGAUAUUGUGGAAUUAUCUAAUACUCAACAGCAAAGCUGUGAGUGUCAUGUUUGUACUGCUCCCCUUAUGUCUGCUAUGGAUUUAAUGGAAAGCUAUGAAUGUCACACUUGUGUGCAACAGGCCAUGCCUCCCCCUGGUAAUGUUAGUUCGCCUGGUGUUAAUGUGAACUUGCAUACAAGUGGCUUUCAUCUAUAUCCUCAUAUUCACGGUACUGGAGGAGGCGGUGAUGCUGGGAGUUUGUAUCCUCAUUUGUACAAUGUGCAUCCUUCACUUUUGUCACAAUUAGGGACCAAGCAUUCAAGACUUGGGGUUCACCUUCAGGAUCAAGUUCCGCUUACAAGCAUUGAUCCUAAAACUCAACAUAUGGUUCCACCAUCAUUAUCAUCUGUGGCUGACCUCCUGCCUCCUGGACUGAGCUUGGAGGCUCUUCCUCCACUAACAAAUUCUGGUCUUACAGUUGCCUCUGGUGACAGUUCCACCAUUGUUCAUCCUGCCCUUAAUUCUGCAAGAGUAAAGACUAUUGCCAAUGCAAUUGCUCUCUCUUCCUCUGCUCCACCUGAGGCAGUUGUGCCAGUUUCAACAUCUGCUGCCACAACACCUGUUCCUUCUGUCAAGCCCAGUGGGAAUGGGAGUCCUGUGCAACAGCAGAAGGUUAAAGUCAACAGUACUUGCCAGGAUCCUGGUAAUAUUGUUGCCAAUAAACCACUUGUUGCAGAGAAGCAUAGUCAGAAUUCAACAUCAACACAAACAAGCCCUAACAAAGCUUUAGCUCAACAGAAGGUUCCUCCCUCUUCUACUACUGCCAGUAAACCACCGCCUCAAAGUGUAGUGAAGAGAGUUCCUGCUGGAGGUCAACAACUUGUCAACGGUCAUCACCAUCCUGUAUCAAGUAGUCGGGCUUCUAAUGUUUCUUCUGUUCGCCAUUCAAUGACACAAACAGCAAGUUCAGGGAAUACCCAUAGUCAUGUUAAUUCAUCACUGCCAGACGUAGUUAGAUCUGCUGCCAGUAGCACAACCUCACAUCGUUCUGUCCCAGGCUCUGCUGGAAAAGUAAUUGGUCAUUCAUGUCACAAAACUUUGAAAAAUGGAGGAAAUGUGGAGCCAAUCAAGAGAGUUUCUUGCACUGAUUUUGCUGAUGGAGAAGUGGUUGAUGCAGAAGAUUCCUCCAGUCAAGAUGACACUUGUUCUGAGCGCUCUAGUUCGACUACUACCUCAACUCAGAGAGAUUCUCGACACUGUGACUGCUGCUAUUGUGAAGUCUUUGGUCAUGGCGUGCCUUCUGUAGCUCCUGUUAGUCGCAAUUAUCAAGAAAUGAGAGAAAGGUUGCGACUUCUUCUUACCAAGAAAAAAGCAAAAUGUAAAAUGGGUGCUAAUAGCUCAACUGGUGCAACCUCUAACAACAGUAAUAGCAACACUGUAUCUCAACCUGUAACAAAUAAUGCUUCAAACUCAAUGCCUGAGACUGCAGCAAAGCCUGUUUCUUCCACCACAGCUUCAUCUGCUGCUUCAGUGGCAUCUGUUCCUUCUCAGUCUUCUCCACUUAUUCCAUUAUUAUCAAUGCAGAAUUCUCCUGAUUCCCUUUCUCAGCCUUCAAAGGAUCCCAGGGAUUUGGAGGCCCUUCUUGACUUUAUUGAAGGUAAUCAAUCGGGAAGAUGUAAAAACCUUAAGAAAGCUGCUAAGAAGGCUCGACAGAAACAGAGAAAGUUGGAGGAAAAAGAAAGAAAGGAGCAGGAAGAAGCUGAACGUUUACGUGGUUUAGCAGCCUUGCAAAGCAAUGCUCCAGAAGUUACUAUUACUGUCGUUAAUACACCCGGAGGAAAAUCUGAUAACGUUGUGGCACCCUCACAAAAUGGAAACCAGUCUUCAAAUUCUGGAGGGAGAAAUGGAAAGGGCUCAAAGGUGGCAGAAAAUCAGGGAGUGCAACUUCCUGCAACUAAUGGAACAGACAGCAAUACAGCAAACAAAGCAACAACUGCACCUCAAAUGGUCACUAUUAAACGAGUUAUGGAACCAAAUGGUGCAGAACCUACUGUAACUAUCACAUUAAAAGGGGCGACUCCAGAUAAAGACAAAGUACUCUUUACAUUGGUGAAUGGCCAAGUUUGCCAGAGUCAGGAUGACAGUAAACAUUCUAAUCAAUCUAAUGCAGAAAAUGUGAAAACAAAUCCUUCAAACACUUCUGGAAAUGGGAAAAAGAAGAAAAAUAAAGGAAAUGGUGGCAACAAUAACAACAACAAUAAUAAUAACAGCAGCAACAACAACAACAACAACAACAACAAUAAUAAUUCUGGUCAAACAAACUCAAAUUCUUCAAAAAACAAAUCUCAGCAGAAUACUGCCAAAAAUAAUUCGAAAUCAAGUGGCAAUCCAUCCUCUGGAAAAUCCAGCAAUGGAAAACAAUCCCAAUCAGGUACUAUGAAUAGUUCGGCAGGUGUUGAAGGAACUGCCAACUUUGUGCCACCAGUAAGUCAACUGGCAGGUCCCACUGCCAACACUCAGCUAAAUGGCAUUGCAACAUCCAAAGGAUCUGCAUCAGUUGUAGCUCUUCGGUCAAAGAUUGAGGCAAGUGCAAACAAUUCUAGAUCUUUCAGUCUGGAAAAUUUAAAGCUGCCUCCAGGAAUUACCAUCACUAAAGUUGAUGGCCCUGCUGCAGCAGCUGCAGCACAAAGAAGGGCUCAAUUAAAGGCCCAAGACAACCCUAAGCCUCAAACACCUGCGACUUCUACCAGCACAACUACUAUCAUUGCUGCACCUACAAGUAUGGGAAAUCCUGCAAGAAUUGCUGGUUUUGGUCAAGCAGUAAAUGGCUCAAAUGUAAUUGUUGUUGAUACUGGUAGAAUGAAAGAUGAUCUGGAAGGAAAUGUCAUGACAGCUAAAGAUCCAGGAGAUGCAAGUCAGAAUGUUAAUGGAAAUGGGAAGAAAAAGAAGAAGAAAAAUAAGAAUAAUGGUAAUAAUGAAAAUGAAAAUAAUAUUACUUGCACAAAUUCAGCAAAACAAAAUCAGCAGUUACCAGGGAAGCAAAACGUGACAAAUGGUAAAAACCAAAACCAGCGUAAUUCUUCAAAUAGCUCCAAAUCACAGUCAAACCUUCUGCAGCUUCAAGGGAAACAAAAUGGCAAUUCAAAGAACAAUAAUGCGUUAUCUCAACCUGCUAUUAUUAAAGUUAACGGUUCCAUGGUGACCAUUCGGAAUUCAGCAUUACAACAGGCAAUGUCAAGUGCAGGGCCAAGAUUGUCACAACAUGUUAAUGGGCAAGCUGAUGUGCAAAUCAAUGGGGAUGUAGAAAAGAAUGUGACAAAGGGUAAUAAAAGAGGAUCAUCUAAUGCUGUUGUGAACAGUGCAGCUAAUAUUAAGGGAAAAGAGAACAAUGCUGUUCGUUUCACAAAUUCAGAUAGUAGUGCUCGGAGCCGUGGUGGUCAAGGAGAGUGCAAUGGUGUGACUAGUAACAUUCAUGGGAAAAUGGGAUCCAGCGGGCCCCGAAUAGAAGAUAAUGGUAUUAAUGUGCGUGGAGGUAAUGUGAACAACACUUCUCAAAGAACACAUCCUCUACAACAACAAAUUCCUCCCUUAAAUCAGAAAGUUAUGCAGAAUCAUGCCCAAGAAGCCAACAUUCAACACUCAAAUAGCCGUGCCAUGAUGCAAGCACAGUCAGCGGUACGAGAAGCAAUGGCAGCUGCUACCGAAGCAAAGAAGAAAAAGAAGAAGAAGAAAGGUGCUGGAGGGCAGGGACAUUCUGAUGACUGGAACCUUGUGGAGAGUGUUUUUGCUCCUAAAGACAUAGACCUUGAAAAUGGGGACAUUGAUGAUGACGAACGAGAGCUUGAAGCUUUCAAAAGAUUUUGCUUUAACUCUGUUCCUCCAAAGAGAAAAGAGAAAGUUCAUUUGAACAUUAAAGACAUAGUUUUAAAGAAGAAGUCGUCUGCAAUUGGUUGCAGUUAAGAGGCAUGUCUUAGUUUUCUGUAAAUUUCUUUUUCCUAUAAAGUAUUAUAAUUGAAAUGCAUUCAUUUUAUUUGCCUCUGACCUAAGAAUCAUUCUUCUCUGCUUUGAUCUAUUGUAAUGAUUUCAUUUUACGAUGUAAAUGAUUGGUGACAUGAGAUAGUUUGACUUAUGUUCCUGCGAUAUUUUUUGAAAGAACUACUGCUGCUGUGUUCCUUCAUCUGCAAGGAGUAGACCUUAUAGAAAGAAAUGAAUUAAAGGAAUGUAGUGUAAAACCUAUGGUGUAAACUUGAUUUACCUACUUUCACAUUAUUCAAAAUGUAUCCUUCAGUAAAUACACUGAUAUUCAAUUGUUUGAUGCAAGAACUACAGAAAACAAGUAAUGUGAAUAUAGAUAUUAUUUUAUUUCUGUGUGUUCAAAUGAAUGAUUUUGAAGAUAAUAUGAAAUUGGUUGCUACAUCAAUAUUUGUUCUGGGCUGAUGGAGAUACCCUUAAACUGCAGUGGCUGUAUUAUCCAGAGACUGUGAGAAUUCUUAUACUUUUGUUCAAACAGAGAAUUGAUCUCCUAUCAUUGUUGAAGAAAAGUUUCCUAUUUGGAAAACAUUGCAAAAAUUAUAAAAUAUACUACUUAAUUUCGUAAAUUUAUUUACAAAUCCUUGAAGUGUUUCAUUACACCUAUG